GAUUCUCAGAACUGGUGAUGCACGAAGUUUCCAGGAAAGUUUUAUAAGAUUCUAACAUCAUGGCCUCAUUGGCAGAUGGCUGCAUUCAAUUCACCCGCCAUGCUGGUGAUGUUCUGCUCAACUUCAACCGCCUCCGCAGCAGAAAUAUCCUGACGGAUGUCACAAUCCAGAUUGACGGUCAGCGCUUCUGCGCUCACAGGGCAGUCCUCGUGGCCUGCAGUGGGCUCUUUUACUCCAUAUUCACCGACCCCCUGAAGAGUAACCUGAGUGCCAUCAGCCUGGACCCCACGGUGGACCCUGAUGGUUUUGCCAUCCUGCUGGACUUCAUGUACACCUCCACCCUGACCCUGAAGGACAGCCUGGUUUUGGUUACCAUGAACACUGCGUCAUACCUCCAGAUGGAACAUGUGGUGGACACCUGCCGCAGGUUCAUCAAGUCCAGAGAGCAGUCUGUGACUCUGCAGAGAGAUGAGGUACUGACUAGCCCGAUGCGUCUCUCUCAGGACCUCUCUGCUUUCAGGGCUCUGGAUGGGUUGGCGACCAGCCCCAGCCACACAUCCAUGUCUCCCCUCAGAGACCGGAGGAGCUACUGCCCCAGUGUAUUCACUGGUAUCAAUGCCUCGGGUAGCUCCCACCACGUCCACGGAAAACACAUCCCAAUGCCCAUCGGAAAGCUGCCAGACACCCUCAAUUUCAGUGACCUCCACAAAGGGGAUUCCAUCUCUCAGAAGCUCUUCUCUCCCGCGAAUCGCACAGAGGCCACCACCAUCGUCCACCACCCUCUUUCAUCCCAGUCCUCAUCCUCCUCCGUUACGAUCCUCCGCCCCCUCCCCUGCUCCAGCCGCCGGUCGGGGCCCUUUAUGGGGCUCCAGGGACCUAAACACAGAGGGGCCUCCCCCAUGGAGGAGGACAGCAUCCAGCCCCCCCAGCCAGACUCCCUCAGCCUGUCCCCAGGCUGCAGCAAAGGUGUGAUCUGCAGCCCGCAGAGCCCCCUCCGCUCUGACUGCCAGCCCAACUCCCCCACCGAGUCCAGCGGCUGCAGCAGGAAUGCGACCCAGCCCUCUGGCUGCUCCCAGGAGCCCAAGGCCCGCAACUGGAAGAAGUACAAGUUCAUCGUGAUGAACCAGACCUCCAGGGAGAAGGACGAUGAUGAGGCCCAGGGAGGGAGCGCUGAGGCUGGGGACUGCACCACUCCUCAGGGCUCUAACAGGACUAGUGGAUCAGAGGGACCGAUGAAGGAGCUGCAGGCUGCAGAGAUGGUCAAUGUGCACGGAGAAGAGAUCCUUGUCCCACAGGCCAGCCAUCACAACAUUAACCAACUGAGAUGCUCCUCCUGUGGUACAGAUGCCCCUCAGCACCUGAUGGUGUGUCCCCGCUCCCCUGGCACCUACAGCGGGGAGGACAAUGAGCUGCACUCUGAGUACUCCGACUCAAGCGGUGAGAAUGGUUGCAACUUCUGCAACUCAAAGUUUGCGGAAGCGGACUCCCUGAAAGGCCACAUGCUCCAGGCCCAUGCUGACAAGCCAUACAAGUGUGACCGGUGCCAGGCUGCCUUCCGUUACAAAGGGAACCUCGCCAGCCACAAGACUGUCCACACCGGCGAGAAACCGUACCGCUGUAACAUCUGCGGUGCUCAGUUCAACCGGCCGGCCAACCUCAAGACCCACACCCGAAUCCACUCAGGAGAAAAGCCAUACAAGUGUGAAACAUGUGGCUCUCGCUUCAUACAGGUCGCGCACCUCCGCGCCCACGUGCUGAUACAUACGGGGGAGAAGCCGUAUCCCUGUGAGAUCUGUGGGACACACUUCCGCCAUCUUCAGACCCUCAAGAGCCACUUGCGCAUCCACACAGGAGAAAAGCCCUACCAUUGCGAAAAAUGUGACCUCCACUUUCGCCACAAGAGCCAGUUGAGGCUGCAUCUCCGGCAGAAGCACGGCGCGGUCACCAACACCAAGGCUCAGUACCGCCGGGCGAACACGGACAUGCUCGUUGGCUUGGCCAAGGCCUGCUAAAUGGACACUGGGAAGAUGGAGUUUGAUUGGCAAACAACCGUCUUACGGUUGUAGUAACACAUCAUAGCGUCUCUGUACGUCUCUGUACGUCUCUGUACGUCUCUGUACGUCUCUGUACGUCUCUGUACGUCUCUGUACGUCUUAGUACCACACUGUCAGAGAUUGUUGUGUUUGUUGGCAAAUGGCAGAUGGCUUCCCUCCAAAUGUGAACAUAGAACCAUAUUGUAUAAUUCAUAGACAUUCUACAUUAUGUUUGUAUAGAAGUCCGGUACGUACUGAUGGAAUGUACAUUUAGAAAAUUAUAGUUUUGGAAUAUGAAUUCUUAUAUCGUGUACUACUUUUUUGCUGAAUGUUUUCAAUUGAAGGACAGUGUUCUUUUAGAAGACACUCACAACUGUUAGAGAAUGAGAAACACUGUUACAUGGGGUACAAUUAUAUUAUAGAUAAAGUAUAUUGGGGCAUGUUCAGCUGAAGAUAAGCUAAUUUAUUAUCCAGUUCUUUGUAGUUUCUUAUAUCUUGUAUAU